AUGGAUCAGGUCAAUCCAAGAUUGGGUGUUAAAUGGGAAGCGCCAGAGCUUGGGUGGUGCAAGGUAAACUUUGAUGGUGCUUCUGCAGGAAACCCGGGUCAAAGUGGUAUUGGAUGUAUAUUGAGGAACUCCGAUGGUAUUUGUAUAAAAGAAAUCUCUAAAAAGUUUGGAGUUGCCACUAACAAUGAAGCUAAAUUCAGAGCGGCUUUAAGAGGACUGCAACUAGGGAAGGAGCUUGGGGUGCAGAGAAUUCAUCUGGAGGGAGACUCAUUAAAUGUGGUUAAUGCGGUCCGCUGUAACAAUAGCCCUAGUUGGCGCCUUGACCAGUGGCUUCAACCGAUUCUGGUGCUGCUGGCCACCUUUGAUGAAUUUCGGAUUAGCCACAUCUAUAGGGAAGGUAAUGGAGAGGCUGAUAGACUCUCUAAAAUGGCAAUAGCUAUGGGUGACCCCCCCUUGGCACUCUAA